GGCGCUACCUACUCCGGCGAAAUCACUUACUACACCGUGGGCCUAGGUGCUUGUGGUUUCGAUGACACCGGCAAGGACCUGACUGAAAACAUCGUUGCUCUCUCCCACCUUGUCAUGGGUACCCAGUCCAACGGCAACCCCAUGUGUGGCCAGACCAUCACCGUCAAGGCGAACGGCAAGACCGCCACUGCCACCGUCCGUGAUAAGUGCAUGGGAUGUGAUUAUGACAACAUUGAUGUCACCGAAAAGCUGUUCGCGGAGCUCUGGGGUGGCCUUGGUAAGGGCCGUGGCCCUGUCGAAUGG